AUGAAUGCCAAUUCAAGACCCACGAGGGUGAUACGGAGAAAAAGGGAGAGGCCUGAGCCAGAAACGUUUGUGUUCUGGGACAUCGUCAGCUGUCCGGUUCCGAAUGGUCACGAUGCUCGUCUGGUCGGUCCGAGUAUAAAAUCGGCGUUAAAUGAUGGAGGCUACACCCAUCCUAUCACCAUCACUGCCAUUGGGUUUCUUCCUUACACCGAAAAUCAAACCCGAACCCUUUAUGAUCUUCCGGAGCUCACUGCCACUGGAAUUAAUGUUAUCUAUGUCCCUAAAGGUUACAACGAGAUUAUGGAUUAUGUCAGAAACUGGACAUGGUUUCAUCCACGUCCGGCUACAAUACUCUUCAUAACCGGUGCUGUGAUUCAUAAAUACUUCUACAGUUCUGUUUCCAAACUCCAUGACAAUGGGUACACCAUUCUCCAUGCGUAUCCUGGUGCUAAGUCGACAGAAACUAAAUCUGUCAAGAGCACAUUUUCGUGGGAAAGUAUCAUACUUCAAGGUGUUUGA